AUGGCUACCAAUGGCUGGUGUGGUUUAGGCCCUUUGCUGUUUCGUAAGAAGUCUUAUAACCUCGAGACAAUGAAGAGCCCUUCUUACGUGUUCCCGAAGACGUACACAAAUAAAUCAAAGCUAUCCAGACUUGCUAAAGGUAGGAAGUCAUCGAAGCGCAAAGACAAUUUUUCUCAAGUCAUGGAGCUCCGCAGGAAAAUCUUGAUUCUUAGAGACAUCAUCGACUUGCCUCCUUUACAACUCUCUUCUUCUAUAAAUGAGCUGGUGGUCGGAACCAUGGAAGACCUUCAAAAGCUCUACCCCGAACUCAUAUCGGACAUCCAAUAUUCCGAAAUGGAUGCCACACGUAUCGAACAGAGUCUCUCCUACUUCUGCACUGCGCUGAAAUCGAUCGGAGAAUCUUGGAUGCUGAACCAUGAUUGGAAGGACAAACCAAAAUAUAAUUUGCCAUCAUAUAAGGAAAACUCGAGCUUCACUGAAAUUGUUGAAUCUGUGUUGGCUAUCAUUGAUUGCAUCAUUAAUAUGGCAAACGAAAGGUUUGAUAUGAUGGACGAAUACGUUAACUCGAAGAGCUCCUCGUAUUCACGAACUAGUUCCUUUGGUAAGAGCUCGAUCUCAACAGAUUCCUGCUCUGAAACCAAUAGCCCUUGCUGUUCUUCUCCUGAAACUCCCACGUCCGUUCUUGCAAAUUUUCGCAACAGCGAAAGAAAGUUAUCUGGAAUGGAGAAAGUGUCGUGUAAUUCUCCCAUUUUGUGGUCUCUUAGAGUGAAAUCUAUGGAAAUGUUGAACCCCUUUGAUGUCAAGCGAGUUUUGCUCCCCACGUUGUCUCACUGUGGUGUUAAUGUCCGCCCUGCCCCAAAGGGACAAGCUCAGCUCAGCUCUGAAAAGACUGAUGCUGGUGAUGGAGGUGAAGCUAGCCAAAAGGGUAGUCCUGAGAGAGCUAAUGAUGUUGAUUUUCAAGAACUUCCUGCAUCAAAACUGUCACCACCGGGACCUCCUCUGCCUCCUCCAUCGCCACCACCUUCACCACCACCACCACCACCACCACCACCACCACCAAUGGUGCAACAAAAUGCAGUAUUGGCUCAUUCUUUACAACUACCUCCACCACCACCAUUGCCUCGGAUCAAGGUACUGCCUGCUGCAGCCGUGCCUAUUGCACCUAUUGCGCCUGCGCCGCCUACACCACUGUCAAAGGUAAUAAAAAAGGCGAUUAAAGUCGCAGUACAACCACCACCACCACCACCACCACCACCACCAUCAAACCUUGUACCGUCACCUCCUCCAAUACCUCAAGGCAAUGGGUUUGCUCCACCGCCACCUCCUCCAGGUGGGGCAAUUCGAUCAUUGCGCCCCAAGAAAGCCACUACUAAACUGAAGAGAUCCCAUCAAUUGGGAAGUCUGUACCGGAAACUCAAAGGGAAGGUGGAAGGAUCCAAUCAAAAUCUUACAUCGUUUAAUGGAAGAAAAGGCGGCGUUGGGAGCAGCUCCGGAGGAAAACAGGGGAUGGCUGAUGCCUUGGCAGAGAUGACAAAACGAUCAGCCUACUUUCAGCAAAUUGAAGAAGACGUUAAAAAACACGCAAUGCCAAUCACAGAGCUUAUAACUUCCAUUUCAGCUUUCCAGUCACCGGACAUGAACGAGCUACUCGUUUUCCUCAAGAAAGUGGAAUCUGUAUUGGAGAAUUUAACCGAUGAAUCACAGGUUCUAGCAAGAUUUGAAGGAUUUCCCACAAAAAAGUUGGAAGCUUUAAGGACUGCAGCAGCGUUAUACUUAAAGCUAGAUGCAAUGCUCUCUCAGUUACAGAAUUGGAACAUUGUUUCUCCCAUGGGACAACUUCUGGACCGAGUUGAAAGCUACUUCAACAAGAUCAAAGGAGAAGUCGAUGCACUCGAGCGAACGAAGGACGAUGAAUCAAAGAGAUUCCAGAGUCACCGCAUUCAUUUUGAUUUCAACGUGUUAAUACGGAUCAAGGAAUCAAUGGUGGACGUGUCUUCCAGCUGCAUGGAAUUAGCUCUAAAGGAAAAGAGAGAGUUGAAGCAGGCAGCAGCAGAGACAACACGAAACGGAGUCCGAUCCGAAAACUCAAACAAGGGAUGUCCUAAGAUGCUAUGGAGGGCAUUUCAAUUGGCAUACCGAGUUUACACGUUCGCCGGUGGACACGACGAACGCGCCGAUAGGCUGACCCGAGAAUUGGCUCUAGAAAUAGAGAGUGAAUCUGAGGACCUAUGAUUCUAUCCUGUUUGUUUUGAAGUUGUGUUUUCAUGUGUUUUCUCCUUUUUUUUAGCAGGAAAAACAAAAAAAAAA